AAAGCCGUUUGAUCUUUCACCUUUGGCUCUGGCUAUAUUCUUCAAAAGUGGCAAUCUUCUAUGCAGGUCUCAUGCUUGUGAUCACUUUUAAUCUACAUGUGGAAUGUACAGCCCUCAGGUCUCUAUGCUGAUUUUUCAUUUUGGACAAAAGGUUUUUCCUGACACCUCUCUACAUAACGUUUUUUAGAUAAUAGCAUUUUUUGCUAUUUGGAACUUCCGUUAUUGUGCAAUGUAAGGCUUAAGUCUCAGCCUCUUGUAGCACUAGGGAGUAGUGUCUCCUGCAUUGUGGUAGUGGGGUGCGGUUAGAGGAGGAAUAGGGCCUGGCAUGGAAAUUUAUGAGGUACACACAUGAUUUUGGAAGACUUCAAAUUGAGGCGUGUAUUUUGACUGCAACCCCAGAAUUGAAUUUAUAAUUGGUCUUGCAUGGGCCCUAGACUUAACACUUCCAAGUUUGUUUUUUUUUUUCUUUCUUUUUUUAAUGCACAGCCUUUAGCUCUCACUGAUCCCGAUUUUUAUUCAAUGAGAGGUUAGCUCUCCCUACUCCAGGAUCACAACAGAAAGUGAGCCAGUAAUAAAUACCAGGUCUAAUUUGAGUUGGUUUUCUUAACCAGAGCAGCUUGGAAGAGUUAAUAUCAUCUAAAUGAAAAUCUGGGAAAGUGUUGAGCUGUUUGAGGAUUUUUUUUUGGUGGGAUCUGAAUCUUACCAGAGCUAAGCUUGCAACUCCAGUUGGGCAUCCAGAGAUGACAGUAUUAGAACAUAAUUUGAUAGGAGCAGAUGUUUGCCCCUAACAGUGGUUAAGCCAUGCUUGGGACACGUGUCGCAUGUCAGCGCCUCUGUUGAAGUCCCAAGUCCCAGCUGCCCCACCUUUUCCAGCUUCCUGCUCAUGUGUACCCUGCGAGGCAACAGAUGGUGACUGCCAUCACCUAGGAGACCCAGAUUAAGUUCCCAGCUUCCUGCCUGGUCUAACUAGGUUGCAGGCAUUUGGGGAGUGAACCAGUAGAUGGGACACAUGUCUUUGAAAGAAACUAAAGUGAUGAGAACUGUCACUAAGUGAUCAGCAGAAUGGUCCCAGUGGGUUGAGCCACUGCUUGGGGCAUACAUCGCAUGAGUGCCAGUUCUAGUCCUCUUGCUCCCCAGCCCUACUCACGAUUCAGCUGCUGGUGCACUCUGGGAGGUGAUGAUGGCUGAAGUGCUUGGUCCCCUGCCACCCUCAUGGAAGGCCCUGAUGCAGUUCCUAGUUCCUAGCUCCUCCCUUGCCCAGCUCUCGUGGGCAGUCAGGAACUGAACCAGCAGAUGGAAGGAUUUCUGGUGCUGCCUUUGAAGUACAUGGAGAUGAUUAAGUACUGGUGCUAAGAUCCCAUCCAAGCCACGGAGGGGACACACCCAACCUUUUAACAACAUGGAACAUGGAACUGGGACAAGAAUUCGGUCUUGUCGCUAAAACUGUGUGGGUCGGGUGUUGCCUGGUGUUGAACGGUCCAGACUUUGUUACUCUGAAAAGCCUGGUUGCUUUGAAAAGGAGUCCUUGAUACAAGCUGAUGCACACACGAGACAGAAAACAAGUACACCGACUUUGCCCCCUGCCCACACUGUACCAACCACAGGCGCUUUGUACCUUAGGGCUCCCCCUUGCCUGGUCACCAUGGGUCGACAGCAGCUCCACAGCACAGACGAGGGCUUCCCAGCCCUGCCCGCACCCAGAACGGGGUCCCUUCCCCACUGCACUGUGGCCGCUGGCUUGGCCCCUCUCUGGCACCUAGCAACGGGCGGACGCACGGGGCCACAGCGGCCGGAGCCGCGGGGCUGGGCCGGGCGGCGCACCGCUCGAGAGAGCGUCGCCGGGCUGCCGGCCACGGAGCAUGCUCGCUGCCGCGGCCAACACUGCGACGCAGCCAGGCUGGGGCAGGGGCUCGGGUUGGUGCUGGGCCGCCGCUGGCUCCCGCGCUGCCCGCUGCCCCCACUGCUCCCUCUGCCAAAGCUGCCAGAGUCGCGGAUCUUGCUGCCGCAGGCCAGCCACACGAAGAAGCCCAUCCUCUCCUCGUUGGAACUGCAGGGACAUAUCUCCGUUUCAUCAACAACGUUGAAAGAAGACAAAAAAAUGUCCGUGCUAUCUCCUGAAAUCAAAUUCAAUGCUUCUAAAGUCAUCAGAGGUUCCCUUGACAGUUGUUUUAUUUUUGAGAGUAGUUGGAGGAAAGCAGCUUUAGAAACACAAAAGAUAAGGAAAGAAUACACCACAGCAUUUGGUCUACAAGAGUUCAAAGAAGGUGUCAAAAUGCCAUAUUUACCAAGAUUUCCAAGUUGCCAAAAACGUGUAAAUUCAACUCCACUAGAGGUUCAUAAAAGGCUGCUGCGAGCGGACACAGAAAUGCCCACACUCAGCCCUUCUGGUGAGAAGGUACAAAGUUACCUGCCAGUAUUUUAUUCUCCUCUGCGUGUUGCACAAUGCCCUGUGAAAGAACAGCCUUGGCAAAACAGGAUAAAGAAGACUAAGGAGACAUGCACCAUGGGACCACUUCAGGAGAGAUCAAAAGGACUCUUAAGGCGUUCUCAUCCUUCAAUCAAUUUUGGCUCUGCCUUCAGUGACCCUCUCACUGGCGCACCAUCUCAAUACUUAGAGAGACUUUCAAAAAUGGCCAUAAUGGAAUAUGACACCAUUCGUCAGGAAACAACCAGAAAAUCCAAAAAAGGCAAGCGACAAGAGCUACGAGACUGCUGACAGCACGCAGUAGGACUCCUUCACUGCUUGCUAAGAGUUAUGUUUCUUUUCUUUUCCUUUUUUUUUGAUAUGUGGUAUGAUGCACCAAACUGCUUUAUAUGAAAAUGGAAAUGUAAAUAGGAAAUAAAUAUUUUGUGUUAUA